AGGUGGCAGAUGAACGCCACUAAACUGGUUUUCCAACCACCUGCCCCAUUGCAUUGUGGUACUUAAAGUCCGUUUCUGUUUCUUUUUGUUGUCCUCGUCCCUGUUGAGCUCAAACAGCUACUUCGUUACAAUGAUGUCUGCGGACGGCAACGUGUCGCAGACAGCUGACAGUGGAAGCGGAGGCAACAAGAGGACACCGUGUCCGUUCCACGGCUGUAAGCGCGUGUACGCGGACGUGAGCGCUCUGGAAGCUCACAUCAAGGACCACGACAUCUCAGCGCAGUCUGUGCCCGGAAAGGCCUUGCUGUGCUCGACUGUGGGCUGCGGCGGUUCCUUCCCCAACAUGCAGAAAUUGAUGGAACACAUGAGGCAUCAUCACAAACCCAACAUAUUCUUCCUGUGUGAGAGCUGUCGCACAAAGUUACGAUCCUACCGCGGCCUCCUGACUCACCUGCACACCUGUUCCAAAGUGCCACGGGGCAAAACAAAGGCAACUGAAGCCAUGACCCACCUGCCUACUGGAACCAACCCAAACAUGACCCCCAUGGCCAUGGACCAGAACCCCCCACGUCUGGAUUUACCCCAGGAAGCACCCUUUCAAAUCCAGAACUUAGAUGGUUCCUUUCCUGCCAGUGUUCCUCCAGACUCAGCUGCCCCCCCCCUCCUCGGUCCCCCCUUCAUGUCUAACCCAGAGACCUCCCCUCAACAGCUCACAGAGGUCGCUCCCCAGCCUCAGCUCAGGAACGAAGCUUCUGAUCUGCCUCUGUCUCCAAACCAGGCUGGCCAAACAGCAGCUCUCGACCCCCCUGGUGCCCAGGGUCAGCAGCAGACACAGACCAGGUCUCCUGGAUCAGCUCCUCACUCUCCUCCUGGGUCCUCAGCUGUCUGGAAGAAGAAUCAAGGUAUGGCCUGCAACAGACGCAUCCUCUGGGAGCACACUAAAGGCCGCUACACAUGUGUGCAGUGUGGACACUCGGUAACCAACCGUAAGGAAAUGACUCAACACAUCAACAGCCAGCACAGUGGCAACAAAGCUGCAGAAGACACUGGGAGCUCUGCCACUAAUGCAUAGUGUGGAAGCAGGACGACCAGAUGCAUGCUGGGACAAAAUGUUGCCUUUUUGUUGUCCCUAAGAACUCAUUCUGUUGAUGGAAACCUGUCAGCAGUUUAACCUAACUGUGUUCUGAAUGUAAAGCCCCUGCACUUCCAAACACAACAUGUGAUAGGAAAUCCACAAAGCACUUAACACAGCUCCUACACACAUACCACGAUGUGUCAUUAGAUAGAAGAGUGCUGUGUGACUUAUGUCACUUCAUUAUUACUGCCACUGUUCUUUUGUACCCAGUCAUUUGACAGCCUGUGUAGACUGAACUUAACAAAACACCUACAGGUCCAGUAUGUAGGACUGAGCAGCAUCUGGCAGUGAACACAUACUUUGAGUGUUGUAUUUUAUUCCUGCCAAUAGAUUCCCAUGAAUGUUACACACUGGACCUUUAGUGCUUUUAUUGGUGUCAUGUACUGAGAUCCACUCUGAGUUGACUGUGUUGUUUCAGUGUGAAACUGAAGAUUACUGUCACCUGAUUCUAAACUGAACUUGUUUCUCACAUUGCAAACAGGAAACUCUGUGUGUCUCAUAGAAAGCUGUGCAUUACUGUCAUGUUGGCGGUGGGUUGCACAGCUGUUUCCCCCUACAGAUGUAAACCUGUGUGCCGUGCCAGUUAAAGGCUGCUGUUCAUCACAAUUUGUCUUAUAGUCAACAAAUCCAAAACAUGACCAAAACUAAUUCUGUCUUUGUCUGUCUUAAUACCUUCACAUGUCUGACCUGUCUGUGGCUGUCAGAACAAACUUGCCCACACACACACAUUAUUUUGUAUAGAGGGCUGAGUCAUUUAGCUAUAACCAAUUUCCUCUUUGCUCCUCCGUCUUAACACCUUGUCCUCUUUGGUCCAUCUACCGUGAUUUCACAAACUUCCACACCAAACGCUUUACAAGAAAGACAAGGUUCAAAAAAAGCAGUUUUUAUUUGGGUCAGUCAGAAUGAGUUGAUACAAGCACUUUCACAGUGCCAAGAGAUUUUGGUCAGCUCAGGCUACCUACCAUGCCUCAGUCCACCCAUACAUGCUCCUGAACCACCAGCACCACCCUCUGACUAUUAGUAUUACACACCCAUCAGGCAGUGAGCUUCACAAUAACUGACACAUCGAGACAAUACCAUAUGACAUAGGUCCCACUGAUCAUUAACGUGUAUUAGUAGACAUUACCACAUGCAGACUGAAGUGCCCAUUUCAACAAACAAAUCCCAACACGUGGAUGAAUGAGUCAUUAUCAUUA